AUGGAGGUACUGCAAUGCGACGGUUGUGACUUCCGUGCAGACUCGUACGACGACUUGAAGAGCCACAUUCAGGAAGUGCACACUGUCUUCCUGCAGCCUGCUGACGCAGACGAGUCAGACUCUCUGAGAGAGGAGCAGGAGGAGGAAGAAGACGAAGAAGACAAGCAGGCGGAGGAUGAAGCAGGAGUGCAGGAAACCGGGAACAAGGAUGACAAGAAUUACACACCACCUAAAGCUGGAAUGAGUCCCGACUCUGCCGACAGCUCCAGCAAGACAUCGCCGAAGCAAAUUGGUGAAACCCAUUUGCUGUUCUACCAGUGCAAGUUCUGCGUCCGUUACUUCAGAUCCAAGUCGUUCUUGAGGAAUCACACCAAGAAGGUGCACAAUGUUGUCGAGGAGGACGUGGUCGCACAGAUAUCCUCGCAGACAGACAAUUCCAAUUCCAAAAUGUAUUCCUGCCAGUAUUGCACAUACAAGUCUCCGCGCAAAGCAAGGAUGAUGAAACACCAUGUUACGUAUCAUAGCAAAGCCCCUGCUGGCUCAGCUGCUGCACCAGAGACUGCAGAACUAGAUGAAGAGUCGGGGGCAUCCAGCGACCUUUCGAGUGGGACGUUUGCCUGUGAAUGGUGUGAUUAUCAGACUGACCUGAAGGCCAGCUGGACCAACCAUAUAGUAAAGGAACAUGAUGACAAGGUCAAAAUAGUGUCCAGUGUUCCUGAGCCAGAAGGAGACAUCUGUGCAGCAACCUCACUUAAACCAGAUUCUCCCUCCCAAAGUCCUACGAGAUCAAACACAGCAUUGUCUGAAGGACAUGAGGAUCCAAUGACGGAAAUGCUUGAAAACACAUCAGCACAGACUCCUGCGGUCACACCUGCUAGUGCAGGAUGCUCAGUUUCACCCAGGAGGCCAAACAGUGGAAGUGAGAUAGACGCCAGCGUACAAAAUGAAGAGGAUUCAAGAAGCAGCUUAGAAGGUGAUGAUGAAGAGCUUGGUGAUAUAGAUGAUCCUAGCUACACUGGAACGCUUUCAGCAGAUGCGAAACAGCUUUUAACAGACGAGGACAAUAAGCUGCUGGAGACCAAAGGAAUUCCGUUCAGGAAAUACCAGAACCGUUUCCAAUGUCCCUUUUGCUCCUUCCUUACCAUGCACAGACGGAGCAUCUCACGCCACAUUGAAAACAUUCACCUCUCUGGUAAAACCACAGUGUAUAAAUGUGAUGAAUGCCCGUUUAUUUGCACCAGCCCUCUUAAAUUAGGCACACACAAACAGAGUCACUGUAACUCUGAUGUGGAGACCAUGGACCUGACGAGCGACAGCCCCGAACCUCACAAUGAUGGUACUGCAGAGCCCGUCAAUGGGGCAAAUGUAAGUAUGUCCAAGAUGAAUGGAAAAAAGUCAAUCAGCGUCUUAAAUGACCAGCAGAACCCACACCGCUGCACACUCUGCAACUACUCCACAACGACUUUAAAGGGACUGAGGGUUCAUCAGCAGCACAAGCAUUCCUACUGUGAUGACAUGGAUCCCACCGUCUCAGAAAGUCAGCUGGCCGACCAGCUGGACACGGACUUGGCGGCCUCGCCAACAUGUCUACAAAAAACCCAAACUUCUAUUUUAGGGCUUGCAACCAAAAAACCUUUGGUUGGUGGUAAACGAGCAAGAAAGUCCAUCAAUGACCUACCUUUGGAUUUGUCUUCAGUCAAAAAGAGAACAAGAAUUGAUGAAAUCGCGAGCAAUCUUCAAAGCAAAAUCAGCCAAAGUCAACAGGACGUGGUCAUAAAUCUGGAUGAAAUGGAUGACGAGGACAUGGGCGACCAUCACAGCAAUGAAGGAAGUAACCAUGAUGGCAAGAAUGCCAUCUUUGCAUACAACAUACUGCAGCCACACACAAGGGAUUCAUCUCACAAAGGAGGCAGGAUUGGAAAAAGAAAAAGCCACCCUAAAUCAAACACCAGGAGUCUACCGCUGUCCCAGACUCUUUCAGAUGAUAGUGAAAUCAUUUCAGGUGAUAUGAUUGAUGGCCGAGACGCUCCCCAAGAUAACAGUGACUAUUCCGUAGAUCCUGGAAUGGCGCGUUUUUACUGUAAACACUGUGAUUACCACAACAAAUCUGCUCGUAGUGUCAGUACUCAUUAUCAGAGGAUGCACCCUUACAUCAAAUUCAGCUUUAAGUACAUCCUGGACCCAGAGGACCAGAGCGCUGUCUUCCGCUGCUUGGAGUGCUACAUUGAGUACACAAACUACAAUGACCUACACCAACACUACAUGGAUCACCAUCCAGAAGCCAGCAACGUGCUCAACUUUAACCAGCCCAAUUUAGUGUACAUGUGUCGCUUCUGUUCAUACACAAGCCCCAAUGUGCGAAGCCUAAUGCCCCACUACCAGCGAAUGCAUCCCACUGUGAAGAUCAACAAUGCCAUGAUCUUCUCCAGCUACGUUGUUGAGCAGUCGCAUAAGUCUGGUGAGUCACAAACUCUAAGGGAGAUAUUAAACUCUGGCCCAAAAAUAUUUAACUCAGCUACGUCCACUCCAAAGUCCUCUUCGAGCCCACUGCUUAAAGCAGUGCCCAAGACUCCUGAAUCAGGUGUGGAGGUGGAUCCCCUCAAGGAUGCAAUGGCCGGCAGUGUUGUUGUCUACGAUUGUGACAUGUGUUCCUUUUCCAGCCCCAACAUGCACUCUGUUUUGGUCCAUUAUCAAAAGAAACACCCCGAACAAAAGGCAUCUUACUUCCGCAUACAGAAAUCUAUGAAAGUUGUUUCGGUGGAUCAACCUGUUGCUAAUGCCUCGUUUAAUUUGAACAUGUCAAGUACCCCAAAAAAAUCAAGCGCGGCACUUUAUGGAUUAGAUGAGGAUAUGUUCUACUGCAAACACUGUGUAUAUAGCAACAAAUCUGUUGUGGGCGUGUUGGUGCAUUAUCAAAAGAGACAUCCAGAAGUAAAAGUGACAGCCAAAUAUAUAAAACAUGGAGCCCCCACUCCGGGUUUGUUGAAACUAAUUGAUGAAUUACAAAUAGCAGCGCCCAAGCAGUUUAUGACGCAGUUUGCAAACAAUGGUCACGAUGGUUCCAGCAACUCAAGUCCUAAACCUGGAAGUGGAGAUAAAUGUGAGGAUGAACUGUUCUUCUGUCAACACUGCGAUUACGGCAACCGGACAGUUAAAGGGGUGCUGAUUCAUUAUCAGAAGAAACACAAGGAAACUAAAGCAAAUGCUGACCUUGUGCGACGUCACACGGCUGUUGUCCGCAGUCAGCGUGAGCGCGCGCAGUCUAGCAGCGUUCCUUCCGCCACCAUUCCGGCUCCUCCCGACCCCGAAAACACUGCACCGCUACGUUCCCUGAAGUGCAGACACUGUCCCUACACAUCCCCUUAUGUGUACGCCCUCAAGAAGCAUCUCAAAAAGGAUCACCCAACGUCUAAGGCCACAACCUUGACCAUUUUACACUGGGCUUACCAAGAUGGCAUUCUUGAGGCAGGCUAUCACUGUGAAUGGUGCAUUUACUCCCACUCUGAACCCCAAGGCCUGCUUCUUCAUUACCAAAGACGCCACCCGGAGCAUAAUGUAGACUACGCCUACAUGGCCAGCAAGCUCUGGGCCGGACCAGAGACCACUCCACAAGGGGGUAACCUUGAAACAAAACAUUACAAAUGUAAGGACUGUGCCUUUGAGGCUUGCACAAUAUAUGACAUAACUAGCCACUAUCAGGCAGUGCACCCCUGGGCGAUCCAAGAGGACGAAUCUGUUAUUUUGGAUAUCAUUAAAGGAAACACUUCAGCUGAUAAGACCCCAAAAGAAAACACAUCUUUCAAAAGCCAGUCCGUUGAGGAUGAUGGCGCUCUGUACAUUGUCACCCCACCUCGAGAGAGCAACCCCAAUCCCACUCACCCACGUCUCUCCAUUUCCAAUAAUCCCUAUCAGUGCACAGUGUGUCUGUCCGAGUACAACAGCCUCCAUGGCCUCCUGACACACUAUGGCAAAAAGCACCCCGGUAUGAAAGUCAAAGCUGCAGAUUUCGCACAGGAGGCAGACAUCAAUCCGAGCUCUGUGUAUAAAUGUCGCCACUGCCCCUACGUGAACUCCCGCAUCCACGGCGUCCUCACCCACUACCAGAAAAGACACCCCUUAGUGAAAGUCACGGCAGAGGAUUUUGCUAAUGACAUAGAGCAAAUCUCAGACACAAAUGAAGCAGAAGACAAGAACAAGACUCAAAGGCAGGGCUAUGGCGCGUACAGGUGUAAAAUGUGCUCGUAUACACACGGCACACUGGAAAAACUCAAAAUUCACUAUGAGAAAUACCACAAUCAGUCUGUGACAGAGAUUUUCACACCCGGGUUGACAAAUUUCUCAGUCAGCCAAGACACAGAACCGGUAGCGGAAUGUAGUGCUGGUCAUACUUCAAGCGCAGGGAAAAUUCAGGAGGUCAAUGAUGUGGACUUCACCCUGUCUCACGCAUCCAUCAAUAAGCCAGAGAAGCAUGCCGUGUUCAAGUGUCAGCUCUGCAAAUACUUCUGCUCCACCCGGAAAGGCAUCGCUCGCCACUACCGCAUCAAGCACAACAAUGUGCGUGCUCAGCCGGAGGGUAAAAACAACGUCUUCAAAUGUGCGCUGUGUUCGUACACCAAUCCCAUUCGCAAGGGCCUGGCAGCACACUACCAGAAGCGCCACGAUAUCGAUGCUUACUAUACCCACUGCCUGGCUGCUUCCAAGACUAUGACUGAGAAGCCAAACAAAGUAAUAUUAACACCAUCCUCCGAGCAGGAGAAUUCAGAAAUGAGCGAAGAAGUGCGCUUGGCCGUAGAGAGGAGAAAGUGUUCUCUUUGUCCCUUCCAGGCCUUUAGCAGAAAGAGCAUUGUGUCGCACUAUAUCAAACGCCAUCCGGGUGUCUUCCCCAAGAAGCAGCAUGCUAGCAAGCUCAGUCGCUACUUUACUGUCAUUUAUGCCAAAGAACCUGAGAAAACGGAUGAUAGUGAAGGUGAAAACAAGGAAGCGUUGGACGACGCCCCGGAUCCAGAGCAAGAUGGGGACUGCCUGCCCUUUAAGUGUCUCAAAUGUUUCCGGUUGUCCUUCAGCAACGGCCUGCUGCUAUCUAUGCACUACAAUGACUACCACAGGACAGACUUCAAAAGAGACUUUGCCGUGUCGCCGGACCCCGUGGAUGAUGACGACGCGUCAGAGUCAUUCCAGUGUUCCCAUUGCGAGCUGAAGUUUCUGUCUCUACCCGAUCUUGCCUCGCAUCUGCUCAACCACAACGAAGAGUUUCAGAAGAGGGCCACUCGGCAUGAGAGGAGACGACAGCUUCUCAACAAACAGAAAUCAGCAGAUGUACCCGAGAGCAAGUCUGAAAAGGAAAGCUGUGCAAACAAAGCUCCUAUAGGCUUCAGGUGUAACUUCUGUGUGGAGGUGCAUACAACCAUCCGAGCUAUAUGCAAUCACCUGAGGAAGCAUGUCCAAUAUGGAGAGGUCAAAGAGGGACAUGUCAAGCAGGAAGUCAGCGAGGUGGCCCUCACCAUGCCAUCGGAGAGACUCGUUAAUGGUGGUGCAGUGGAGGAUGAAGCCGGAAACGAACGACCCGAAGACGCCACAAAGGGUGUCGCUACACCGGAGUCUGAUGCUGUUGAGGGGAAGUCUUCAGCACUCAAGCAACGGCUAGCGACGGGGGGCCACCCGUGUGCGCAGUGCGAUCGGGUCUUCAUGUCCAUGCAGGGUCUCCGCUCCCACGAGAGGAGCCACUCCGCCAUGGCCAUGAUCAUCAGAGAGGACAAGUAUAGCUGCCACUACUGCCAGUUUGUCUCACCCUUCAGACACAAUCUGGACAGACACAUGCAGUCUCACCACGGACACCACAAACCCUUCAAGUGCAAACUCUGCCCCUUUAAGUCCGCCUACGUGAGCCGCUUGAAGAGCCACCUCCACAAGGCACACACUGGUGAGCAGCACACAUAUAAGUGCUUGUCCUGCCCUUUCUCCUCCAUGACCAUCAGCCAGUUAAAAGAGCAUUCUUUGCAAGACCACGGCGAAGCCCUCACCCUUCCCAAACUGCGGGCUGCCACGCAGGCUGCACACAACGCUCUUAGGACCCCUACCCGAUCGACCACCAAUGCAGAGAACAGCCCCUUGACUCCAGAGGAGACUUCAUAUUGGGAACCGGCGGACGUCCAAGAGCAGCUCAGCCAUUACCAGAUUGCCUCUCGAACUCACACGUCUCCCAGCGACCAUCGGCCCGACAGCAUCCUCACCUGCGAGUUCUGCGAGUUCAGCUCUGGCUACAUGCAGAGCCUGCGGCGACACUACCGAGACCGCCACGGUGGCAAGAAGCUCUUUAAAUGCAAAGACUGCCCCUUCUUCACUUGCUACAAGAAUACUUUCACCUUGCACGUGGAGGCAGGCCACAGCAACAACAACAACAACAACGUGCAGGAGGAUGUCCAGAAAGACCUCCGCUGCCCUCUCUGUCUUUAUCACACCAAAUACAAAAGCAGCAUGAUCGACCACAUUGUCCUGCACAGAGAGGAGCGCGUAGGUCCAAUGGAAGUGAAUCGCUCCAAGCUAUCGCGUCACCUCCAAGGCAUGGUGUUCCGCUGCCACAAGUGCACGUUCACAUGCUCCAGCGACCACGCCCUGCAGAUGCACCUGCACAAGCACGCCGAGCUCAAGCCUUACCGCUGCCAGCUUUGCUACUACGACAGCCGCCGCCGCAGCCAGCUGCAGGAGCACCUUCGCGUCGAGCACAAAGUCAUCCGGAACUUCGAACUGAUGGGCCGCGUCAACUUAGACCAGCUGGAGAUGAUGGACGAGCAGGAAAACAGCAGCGAGGAAGAGGAGGAGGAGCUGCACAAGCAGCAGCCGCAGCUGGUGCAAGGGGAGGGACAAGAGGAGGAGCAGGGCAACACCAUGGAGCUGUCAGUAGACAAACAUGAGGCUGCUGCUGCAACGGAGGAGGAUGAAGUCAUGGAGAUGACAGAGAGCCCGAAAGAGGAAGAGGGAGGCGUAGAGGAUGACGAGCGGGAGGGCACCAUCAAAGAGGAAGAGGAGGAAGAUGAUGAAUUCAAAGACGCUGCAGAAGAAAGGCCUGUACUACAAGAAGUCCUUGCUUCCCCAACGAGGAGCAGCAGCAGCAGCAGCAGCAGCAGUAGUAGCAGUAGUAGUAGUGGCAGUAGUAGCAGCAGCAGCAGCGGCGGAGAGAAGCGUCUUCCCUGCGAAUUCUGUGGACGCUGCUUCACUAACAAUCUAGAGUGGGAGCGCCAUGUCCUUCGCCAUGGAAUGAUGGUGAACAAAAGCCAAAUGGAUUCCAGCGCAAAUUCCAACACGGACGCCUCCGCCCCAUCCUCCCUCUCUUCCACUUCCAUCGACACCGGACUGGAACUUUUAACCAACCAGGACGAGGACCAUAACCCUUCGGCCAUUUCACCGAGUAAGCCCAUGGACGCAGAGUCGGUCGACGCAAAAAAGGAUCAACAGUCUGAUUGA